AUGAUCGCAGCUCGCAGUAGUUCGGUGGGUCGAGGGGGCCCCGAGGAGCCCUCCAGGCACCGCAGACAGUCAGCUGCUUCUCUGGCAGGGCACCGUGGCCACCGCAGCUCUCAAGAGAGCACUCGUGAUAACCAUGCUCAGCACCGGCAGGGGGCGCUGCUGCGGGCGAGGAAAGCCUUUCUUAUCAAGGAGAUGGAAACCAACUGGUACUUGAAGCUGUGCGGCCGGGCCAGAGAAGAUUGUGUUGCUUUUGAGACCGGCAUGCCUUACCGCUCCAUAGGGAGGUCACAAUUAAGACGGGAUAGAUUAGGGUUAGGGACAUGGGUGACAUUCGGAGGACAGAUUUCGGAUGAAGUGGCGGAGCAGCUGAUGACUAUAGCGUAUGAGAGCGGGGUAAACCUUUUUGACACCGCAGAGGUGUAUGCUGCUGGAAAAGCUGAAGUCAUACUGGGAAACAUCAUCAAAAAGAAGGGCUGGAGGCGAUCCAGCCUGGUUAUUACCACAAAGCUCUACUGGGGUGGAAAAGCUGAGACAGAACGAGGCCUUUCUAGGAAACACAUUAUUGAAGGUCUUAAGGGCUCCUUGCAGAGGAUGCAGCUGGAAUAUGUAGAUGUGGUCUUCGCCAACCGGCCUGAUAGCAACACACCGAUGGAGGAGAUCGUCAGAGCCAUGACCUACGUGAUAAACCAAGGCAUGUCUAUGUACUGGGGGACCUCAAGAUGGACAGCUAUGGAAAUAAUGGAAGCAUAUUCUGUAGCGAGGCAGUUUAACCUGAUUCCUCCGGUGUGUGAGCAGGCAGAGUAUCAUCUCUUCCAGAGGGAGAAGGUCGAGGUGCAGCUGCCUGAGCUCUAUCAUAAGAUAGGUGUGGGUGCCAUGACAUGGUCUCCUUUGGCCUGCGGGAUCAUCAGUGGAAAGUAUGAAAACGGUAUCCCAGAAUCCUCCAGGGCAGCUAUGAAGUCGUACCAGUGGCUGAAAGACAAGAUAGUCAGUGAGGACGGACGAAAGCAGCAGGCAAAGCUAAAAGAACUCGGUCAUAUUGCUGAGAAGUUGGGUUGCACUUUGCCUCAGCUCGCCGUGGCCUGGUGUCUGCGGAACGAGGGAGUGAGCUCAGUACUACUAGGAACCUCAAAUGCAGAGCAGCUAACCGAAAACCUAGGAGCCAUACAGGUUCUUCCAAAGAUGACGUCCCACGUGGUCUCAGACAUUGAUCAUAUACUUGGGAACAGGCCGUACAGUAAGAAGGACUAUCGUUCUUAGGGGGCUGCAGACGCAAGCUCGGGGGCGAAGAGAGAUACGCGUCGCAGUUUCCGUACCCUAGUGGUUCCUGGUCCGAAUCGGUUUUCAUCAUCGGUCAGACCUCUCUCUCUCUCUCUCUCUCUCUCUCUCUCUCUCUGAAGCCUUAGAGCGCCGUUCUCCAUAACCCGUUACCUGCAUCCCCUCUGUUUCUGCUAGUGUGCCUUUGCACCCAAACACGGCAAGAAAUCCCUCGACCGGUGUCCAGGUGUCACCUCGUUAGGGCACCUUGCAGGAGAGCUUCACUCACAGAUGUGGUCUAUGAACCUUAUAAACACCCAUGCUUGACCUCUGCUCUCAAAACCAUCAGCCACCGGGACGUCUGGCGGUUUUAGCCCACACACACACACACACACACACACACACACACAGAGUGGAGGAACAGAGCAUGUCUCCCUCUUGUGUUGAAACGCAUCGAACCUGUUUCACGGACUGCAGAGCCCAGACUCAGUGGAACAGCGCGCAUCCGCAAAGAUUCAAGCUGUUUUGCCUGUGCAAGAAUGCCUGCAUUGAUAUUUUUAUGAGGGGUAUUUUAAAGAGAAUGCUUUAUAAAGCGAGCCACAGGCGCGCGUGGCAGAAAAAUACGCGAAUGCGCACUUAAAUUACUUGAACGAGGGUAGCAUAAACCUACGAAUACAUGCUUACUGAACAUGCAACUGUAUCAUAAACCGACCUCAAUCCGCACUGCAGUCUAAAUAUACAGCAUUAGAGUUGAUCUAACGCGCGUAGAAUAUAUUAAGCCUAAUGCAUUCAAGGUAAUGUUCGAUUAUAAACGAGUGACUUAUGGAUGACAUUCAGAGGAAAACUACUUAAAGAGAUACCCUUGUGAAAAAGAAGUGCGUUUAGUUGUAUUGUAUGUGCAUCUUUUUUAAAAACUGUACUUUUAGAUGAUAUAAUAUCAAUGCAGUGUAUGUAAGUACAAUUUCAUGACCAUGUUUCUUAAUAUGCCUAAUUGGACUUUUAAGUCAGAUUUACUUUAAAGUACAUUUUUAAAUCCUUUUUGUUUUAACUGAAGCGUCAAUGUGCUUUCCGUAAGUACAAAUUAAAGCACUAACAAUAAUUCCAUUUAAAGUGACUAUAUUUUAAAAGUACUUUGUCAAAAAUGCAUAGGUUUCGAUGUAAAUUCAUUGAAAGCGCAAUUUAGUUUUAUGCCGUAAACGCUUGUCAGUGCAUUAGUACGCUUCAAUCACAUUUCAGAGACUAUAAUAAUUAUAAAAUUGCAAUUAAAGAUAAUAACGAAGUCCUGUUGAUGUGGAUCAAAAAAAGGCACACGCAGAAUUUGAUAUAAAUUUAACCUGCAAUCAAUUUUACAAAAACAAACAACACAUUCAGUUAAGCACUUAAGCAUAAUAUUAUAUAUUUAGGCGUAUGAUUUCCGUAAUAAGCACACAGGUAUUCUAAAGUCUUCUUUUUCACAAGGGUAGUUCGCCUAAAAAUGAAACUCCUCCGGUCGCUUGUUGUUUCUGACCCAAUCGAAACAGAAACCGCUGUGAACUAAAGAGCCGUUUUGAAAAGCAACAACUGAGGGUCGGUCGAUGGCGGGUUUUCAUUUAGGGGUGGACUGUCCCUUUAAGAAUCAAGCGGCCCCUAACGUAACGGGAACGGGUCUGAUUUACUGUUUGUCUCUUGCUCGCCCUACUUGAAAGCCAUACUUUAUCACGCCCUAGAUAUUUUAAACACAGACGAGCCGCUUUACCCCGUAGUGCUGAAAUACUUCGAGCUUUUAGAUGAAUUUGAAACUUGUUGGGAGUUUGGCUCGGGCAAACAAGACAGAAGAUAGGCUUUUCGAGACGGUUGUGUACAUAGCGUUACCUUUAGUCUCCCUGCGGAGUGCCUUGAUUCUCACCUGCAUGAACAUUAUUAGGGCUUGCCCAUUCUCCCAUGGGUCCAUGAGUGUAAUACUGUGAGCUUUUCUCAAUUGUAAAUGAUGUCUUUUACAAAAACGGAAGAAAUCAUACCACGCGGCGACUAUUGUUUUCUAAAGUUUGUAACAUUGUUUCUGAGAAAAGAGGAGCUGUUGGAUGCACAGGCUGUUCCGAAUCGCUGCGCCGGGGUCUUUUUAUCAUAUCAUGCAUCUCUCUCCCUGUAUGGCAGCAGUGUACUUCUGUAAAUAUAAAUAUGUAAACAGUACAUAGAGGUAGAUUAUAUGCUUGAAAUAAAAACGCGUAAGGCCAGUAAA